GCACUCCAACCGAUGGAUUCUUGCAGGACAGUUUCUUGCUAUGCGAUAAUCACGGCUUGGACAUACACUAUUUGUUAUCGCAGUAACACUUUCUUGUAUUUGCUCUAAAUUGAAGAAUUACAAUGGGAAAAGACAGACCAAGUCGAACGAGGGAGUACUGUUGGUUUGUCUUUCAUACAGCGCUAUUGCUUUUGUUCGGGAAGAAGGCUAUUGCUCAAAUAAGAUACUCCAUCCCAGAGGAGGUGAAAGAAGGAACUGCUGUUGGAAAUGUUGCGAAGGAUCUUGGCCUUGAAAUUACCUCGUUAACUGACCGACGGUUCCGUGUUGUGUCUGGAUCAAAGGAGACAUUUUUUGAGGUAAACCAGGACAAUGGGGCUCUGUAUGUCCAUAAGAAAAUCGACAGAGAGGCGCUCUGUCAAGGCAGCGGUGCCUGUCUGAUGGAGCUAAAAAUCCUAGUCGAAAACCCAUUGGAAAUGCACUAUGUGAUCGUAGAAAUAAUUGAUGUAAAUGAUCACGCUCCCAUUUUUCCUGAAAAAGAGCAGACGUUUGAAAUAUUUGAACAAACAUUACCAGGAAGGCGAUUUCAGCUGCACACUGCUCGUGAUCCAGAUGCUGGAGUUAAUUCUAUUCGUACAUACACUUUAACAUCAAACGAUUUUUUUGAGGUAGAUAUCCGUCAAAGCGAUGAGGACAAAAUACCAUUUUUAGUGCUGAAAAAGUCCUUAGACAGGGAAAAAGCAAGUAAACACUUGCUAUUUGUGACAUCAGUUGAUGGAGGCAAACCUCCAAGAUCAGGAACACUAAAUGUUUCCGUCGUUGUUCUUGACAGUAAUGAUAAUCGUCCAAUGUUUAGUCAGGAGAUUUAUCAGAUUGAAAUACAAGAAAAUGUUCCAGUCGGAACGUCAGUGUUUAGAAUGAAUGCAACGGAUCCGGAUGAAGGCAUCAACAGCGAAAUUGAAUACAGCCUUGGAAAAACUCUAAAGAAAAAAGUAUAUGACAUUUUUGAAUUGGACAAAUUAACAGGAGAGAUUAGAGUUAAAGGACUAGUGGACUAUGAAGAAAACGAUGUUCAUAAACUUGAUAUUGAGGCAUCAGACAAAGGAACACCCCCAUUAACAGGUGAGUGUAGGGUCAUUUUCAAGAUUAAAGACGUUAAUGAUAAUCCACCAGAAAUUGAAGUCACAUCUCUGUCAAAUACAGUGUCUGAAGGCUCAAAGCCUGGCACAGUUAUUUCACUACUGAGUGUGAAUGAUAAAGACUCUGGUGUCAAUGGAAAAAUAUUAUCAAGCAUUAACUCAGACGUACCUUUUGAAUUAAAGCCUUCUUAUAAGGAAAACAUAUACUCGAUUGUAACGAAGGGAUUUUUGGAUCGUGAGGAGGUGUCACAUUAUGAAAUAACAAUAAAAGCCACUGACUGUGGUGAACCUCCUUUAUCGACUUUUAAAACUCUCAGCAUUCAAAUAUUAGACAUAAACGACAACAGACCACAUUUUUUUCUAAAUCCAUUACAGUUUUACAUGUCAGAAAAUAAUCCUGCUGGAAUGUCAAUCUUCUCUGUAAGCGCAACGGACAAUGAUAUAAAUGAAAAUGCAGUCAUUUCUUACAAUAUUGUCAGAGGGGGGAAUCAAAAUGACUUUAUGUCUUUUCUCAAUAUAAAUUCAGAUAACGGACAAAUUUCAGCACUAAAAAGUUUUGACUUUGAAACGCUGAAAACGUUCCAGUUCCAAGUUGUCGCCACAGAUUCUGGAACUCCGUCACUAAGCAGCAACGUCACAGUGAACGUGUUCAUUCUGGAUCAGAACGACAACGCUCCAGUCAUCCUGUAUCCAGUCAGCUCUAACGGUUCUGCUGAAGGUGUGGAGGAGAUUCCCCGCAAUGUGAACGCAGGACACUUGGUGACUAAAGUCAGAGCCUAUGACGCUGAUAUAGGAUAUAACGGCUGGUUACUGUUUUCACUGCAGGAAGUUACUGACCACAGUCUCUUUGCUUUGGACCGCUAUACAGGACAGAUCAGAACACUUCGCUCAUUCACAGAGACAGACGAGGCUGAGCAUAAACUGAUCAUACUGGUGAAAGACAAUGGCAACGUUUCUCUCUCAGCAACAGCUACUGUGCUUGUCAAAGUUGUGGAGCCCAAAGAGGCUUUUGCUGCUUCUGAUGUUAAAAGUGCAACAAGAGAUGAGGAGGGGACUGAUGUGACUUUUUACCUCAUGAUAACUUUGGGAUCAGUUUCGGUACUUUUUAUCAUCAGUAUCAUCGUGCUGAUUGCAAUGCAGUGCUCCAAAUCCACAGAGUAUACUUCUAAAUAUCUACAAGAGACUAAUUAUGAUGGGACACUGUGUCACAGCAUCCAGUACAGAUCUGGAGACAAACGCUACAUGUUAGUUGGACCCAGAAUGAGUAUAGGAUCUACUAUAGUCCCGGGCAGCCAUGCCAACACACUAGUGCUCCCUGACAGGAGGAGGACAUCCACAGAGGUAAAUAUUUUUUAA